AUGUUGGUCCACAGCGUCUUUUCAACCGCAGCGCUAUGUGCACUUGUGUCUUCGGUAGUGGCCACCUCACACGGACUACCUAAGCGACCUCACAUUGAAGCAGCACCAUAUGGCACCGGCAAUGCCUUUCCCAAAUCAUCUCCACGAUCGCGAAAGGACAUUUGCUACGUCAAGCCUGGCAAGGGAAAGAACAGCGAUGAUGCUCCCGCCAACUUAUCAAUUUUCUCACAUUUAUCAAGAGCGUCGAUGAAUAGAAACACGGUAUUGAAGGUGGAGUAG